AUGGCCAGCAUUGUACUAGUUAGUCUUAUUUCAAUACUCUUGCUUUGCAUUACCUUAACACAAGGAAGAAAAACACUUCACACUAACAAUGAAUUUUCAGCAUCCUUAGUUUCUACCAAUGAUGGUAUCUGCAAAACUAUGGUAGAAACACAAGGUUACACAUGUGAAGAACAUAAGGUUACAACACAGGAUGGUUUCAUCCUGAGCUUGCAGAGAUUACCGGCGUCGCGGUCUGGCGAAAAGGCAAACAAGCCACCUGUGAUAAUACAACAUGGUCUAUUUUCUGAUGCUCACACAUCAUUAACUCCUAAUGACAAGGCUUAUUGGGAUUGGUCAUGGGAUGAAUUAGCAAGUUAUGAUCUUCCAGCUUCAGUUGAAUAUGUUUACAACUAUACUGGUCAAAAAAUGCACUAUGCUGGUCAUUCUCAAGGAACUUUAAUGGCUUUUGCUGCUUUAUCACAAGGACAACUUCUGAAUAUGUUGAGAUCAGUUGCAUUACUUAGUCCAAUUGCCCAUAUGAAUCAAAUUCCUUCAAUUGGAACAAAACUUGCUGCUGACCUAUUUAUAGCUAAUGAAAUAUAUUGGUUAGGCAUCCGUGAAUUCAAUCCUAAUGUGGAUGUUGGAGCGAAGUUUUUGGAAGACAUAUGCAACACUCUACACCUGAAUUGCGCAAACCUAAUGUCACUUUUUACCGGUUCAAAUUGUUGCAUAAAUUCUUCUAGGAUAGAUGUCUAUCUUGAUCAUGAACCACAAUCAACAUCAACCAAGAACUUGAUCCAUUUUUCUCAAAUGAUCAGAACAGAAAAAAUAGCAAAGUAUGAUUAUGUUGAUCAAGCACAAAAUAUACAACACUAUGGUCAACGAGUUCCCCCAACUUAUGAUUUGACCAAAAUCUCAAAUGAAUUACCACUUUUUCUUGGCUAUGGAGGGAAAGAUAUGCUAGCUGAUGUACAAGAUGUGAAGGUUUUGCUCAAUGACCUCCAAGAUCAUGAUAGUGACAAGCUUGUGGUAUUGUUCACUGAAGAUUAUGCUCAUAUUGAUUUUAUUAUGGGUGUCACUGCUAAACAAGUCGUUUAUGAUCCCAUGAUAGCUUUUUUCAAUGAUUAUUGA